AUGCGCGGGCAAAUUAUGGCAGCAGUGCUGCUGUUCGCCACAGCAGAACGUCCGCGCGAUGCUCAUGCGGCCCCGCUCGUGCCCCUGCAUGAGCUGCCCCUGCGCACCAAAGGACGCUUUGUAGUGGGCCAAUCUGGCCGCCGGGUGAUGCUGGCCUGUGUGAACUGGUAUGGCGCAUCCCAAAGGCAGAUGGUGAAUAACGGCCUGGACACCCAGCCGAUUCAGGCAUUUUCUGACAGGAUCGCCGCGUUGGGGUUCAACUGCGUGCGCUUGCCCUUCAGCCUAGAGAUGGUGCUCCGGAACACCACGGUUCCGAACCCCGAGGCGCUAGCUGCCAACCCCGAGCUGCUGGGGCUGUCGCCCAUUCAGGUCUUCGAUAAGACGGUGGAGGCGCUGACAAAGGCGGGGCUCCUGGUGGUCCUGAACAAUCACGUCUCCUCUGCGGGCUGGUGCUGCAGUGGCAGCGAUGGGGAGGGGUUGUGGUACACGGAGAGGUUCUCGGAGGAGGACUGGCUGCGGGGGCUGCGACUCAUGACGAGGAGGUACAAGGGCGACGCGCGUGUCAUGGGCUUCGACCUAAGGAACGAGGUCCGAGCAGACGGGAUCCGCCUGCCCACCUGGGGCUCCGGGGACCCGUGGACGGAUUGGGCCAUCGCCGCGGUGAAGGGCGCCCGCGAGGUGUUGCGGGAGCGCCCUGAUCUCCUCAUUGUUGUCUCAGGCAUUCACUUCGGCAUGCGCUUGUCUGAAGUGCCCAGCCGCCCUGUCCACGAGGAGGUGCCUGAGCUGCGAAACCGUACGGUGUACACCACGCAUUUUUACUACGGCUGGUCCUUCGACAUGAUGGCCUUUGACAUGCUCGCGCGCCACAUCCCGGUGCUGAUAUGCUUCACCUGCUGGCUGUGGUUCCUGCUGGCCGCGGACCGCUCAGCUCGCGCGGCUCGUGCACCGGGCCCGCGCCAGUCCGAGGCGAGCCCAGGCUGGGAGCUGUGCGCAGCGGCUGCGCUGCUCGCGCUGCAGGCCUGCUUGUUCCUCAUUGGCGAGAUACUUGGGCAAAGCUGCGGCCACAUUCACAUCGUAUCACCGCCUGCCUUCGUGGUUCUUUCCAGCUGGCUCUUCCAAGCCAGCUACCUGAUUUGGGCGAGGAUACUGUUGUCCUACACGCUGGUCCUCUUCACAAACACCAAGGAGCCGCGAGGCUACAGCCCUGUGCAGGGCGGGAGCCGCGAAGCGGUCGAGGACCCGUCACUCGCGGCGAUGCCGCAAGAUGAGAUGCUUCAAGUGGAGGCGCCGCCCGUUCCGAAGUCCAGGGCGCCGGUGGGGCUGGCCAUCCUGCGCGCCGCUUGCCGCACCUGCACUCUGUGCUGCGGGUCGGAUGCCUUGGUGCAACCGUUGCGGGAGAGGCAGCGGCUUUCGGCAGUGGCACCCUUGGCCUUCCUGACGGCGCUGCUGGUGGUAGGGGGCAAGUGCGGGUCCUACGAGAACUUCCGAGGCGAGCUGGACGCCUGCCUAGGCCCGCUGCUGAGCGGGGAGGGCGUCACGCCGGCGCCGGUGUGGUUGAGCGAGUUUGGGACAGACGUGAGGGACAACUACUUCAACAACAUCAUCCGUUACAUGAAGGAAAACGAGCUCGAUUUUGCCUACUGGAGCAUCAACGGCAGAAAGAGGUUCAACGAGAGUGAGACCUACGGCCUGCUCCAGGACGACAACUUCGCAGUGAGACAUCCUUGGAAGCUGGAGAUGUUGCAUUCAUUGCUGGGUGCCAAAUAG